GCGGCGAGCGGCUCGGCGGAUGGAGAGUCUGGCCGCGGCCGGCGGCGCCGCCUCCUCGUCGGGCCGGGCACGGCGGGCCGGGGCCUUUGUGUGAGGCGGUGGCGGCGAUGGUGCUCGGACCCCGCGGAGCCGGAUUGAUCUUGCUGAUACAGAGGCAUCUUCCUAGGAGCUGCUAAGAUGGGCAUGAGGAUCAAACUGCAAAGCAGCAACCACCCCAACAACCUGCUGAAGGAACUCAACAAGUGCCGGCUGUCAGAGACCAUGUGCGAUGUCACCAUCGUGGUGGGGAGCCGCUCUUUCCCCGCCCACAAAGCCGUGCUGGCGUGCGCAGCUGGCUACUUCCAGAACCUCUUCUUAAACACUGGGCUAGAUGCUGCGCGGACCUACGUGGUGGACUUCAUUACCCCUGCCAACUUUGAGAAGAUCCUGAGUUUUGUAUAUACAUCAGAGCUCUUCACAGACCUGAUCAACGUUGGGGUCAUCUAUGAGGUCGCUGAACGCCUGGGUAUGGAGGAUCUGCUGCGAGCCUGCCAUUCCACUUUCCCAGACCUAGAGAGCACUGCAAUAGCCAAGUCCUUGACCAGCACCAGCGACAGCCAGUGUGUCACUCUCAGUUGUCCCUCAGUAGAUCCCACCCACCCCCUUGGAGAGUCCCGGGGGAGUGGGGAACACUUCGGUCCUGAUAGAAACUAUGUGCUGCCUACUGAUGCAGGAGGAAGCUACAAAGAGGAAGAGCGGAGUGUCUCGGGUGACACUAAUCAUGGCUUGCCCCUGCCACAGCUGCCACUGCCACCAAAGUCGGAAGACCACGACACCCCUGUUCCCUUCACGUCUGUUCCUAGUGUGGCAACCCCACCACCAGUCCUAGGCAUGGUCAGCACAGGCAUCCAGACCAGCACGAGUUCUUGCCAGCCAUACAAAGUUCAAAGCAACGGAGACUUCAGUAAAAGCACCUUCUUUGCCUCUGAUAACGCGGUAGACAUUACAACCCAGACCAACUCCUGUUUGAGCAAUAGCGACCACUCCAGAGAUCCAAGCUUUGGGCAGAUGGAUGAGCUCCAGCUGGACGACGUGGGGGACGAGGACCUGCAGUUUGAGGACCCGGCCGAAGACAUCGGGACCGCAGAGGAGGUGAUUGAGUUGAGCGACGACAGCGAGGACGACCUGGCUUUCGGUGACAGUGACAACCGGGAGAAUAAGGCCAUGCCCUGCCAGGUGUGCAAGAAAGUUCUAGAGCCCAACAUUCAGCUGAUACGGCAGCAUGCGCGGGACCACGUAGACUUGCUCACAGGCAACUGCAAGGUCUGUGAGACCCACUUCCAGGACCGAAACUCCCGGGUGACCCAUGUCCUGUCUCACAUCGGCAUCUUCCUGUUUUCCUGCGAUAUGUGUGAGACAAAGUUCUUCACCCAGUGGCAGCUGACCCUGCACCGGCGGGAUGGGAUAUUUGAUAACAACGUCAUUGUCCACCCCAGUGAACCCCUGUCUGGGAAACUGGGUCUCUUUCCAGGGGCAGCCUCCCCGGAGUUGAAAUGUGCUGUCUGUGGGAAAGCAUUGGCCAAAGAUUUCCACGUGGUCCGUUGCCACAUCCUCGAGCACGUGAACUUGAAGGGCCAGGCCUGCAGCAUCUGCGAUCAGCGCCACCUCAACCUCUGCAGCCUCAUGUGGCACAUGCUCUCCCAUCUGGGCAUCUCAGUCUUCUCCUGUUCGGUCUGUGCCAGCAGCUUUGUGGACUGGCACCUUCUAGAGAAACACAUGGUUGUUCACCAGGGCCUGGAGGAUGUCCUCUUCCGUUGCCACUUGUGCAGCCAGAGCUUCCGGUCAGAGGCAGCCUACCGCUACCACGUCAGCCAGCACAAGUGCAGCAGCGGCCUGGACGCGCGGCCUGCUCUGGGACUACCACACCUAGCCCUCCAGAAGCGGAAGCUGCCCGCCGAGGAGUUUCUGAGCGAAGAGCUGGCUCUGCAGGGCCAGCCUGGGAAUAGUAAGUACAGUUGUAAGGUCUGUGGCAAAAGGUUUGCCCACACAAGCGAGUUCAACUACCACCGGCGGAUCCACACAGGCGAGAAACCUUAUCAGUGCAAGGUUUGUCACAAAUUCUUCCGAGGUCGCUCGACCAUCAAGUGCCACCUCAAGACGCAUUCAGGGGCGCUCAUGUACCGCUGCACAGUCUGCGGCCACUACAGUUCCACCCUUAACCUCAUGAGUAAACACGUCGGGGUGCACAAAGGCAGCCUUCCCCCUGACUUCACCAUCGAGCAGACCUUCAUGUACAUUAUACAUUCCAAAGAGGCUGAGAAGAACCCGGACAGCUGACUGGGUCCCAGCAGAGUCAGAGGGAGCUCCCAGGUGGCAGCCGGGAUAGUGACUUUGUAAAGGCCGUUGGUCCUCCCCCCGCUGACGCUACAGCUUGCCUUGUGUGUGUUGUGUUGAGAGAAGAAAUGGCACACAAGCUGUUACUGUUCUUGAGAGGCGGCACCGCUGUUACAUUUACCUCCGUACCUGUUGUUGCCCGCAGAGGGCUGCGUCUUGGAUGAUUUCGAGGCUGGCUUUAGGAUCUAGUCAAGUGGCCGUGUUAACUAGGUCCCCUUUGCCGGUUUCUCUAGUUUUAGUUUACUGAUAGGUUUUAUGCUGCUAAGAGUCCGACCAACAGCCUCGCUCGAUGGGGUCUUCACUGUGGCUACAACCGCCAGUCUCAGCUGUGAGAAGGUUUGGGAUAUGUGGUCAUUCAUAAGGGUCUAGUAGCAAGGCAGUUCGUUCCCAUACCCUCAGCAGGGGCAAGGUGUCAGGAGCGGAGGGCACUCCUUGCUACACAGCUCAGAUCGCCUGAUUGGAUCGUGAAAGUCCCUUGGCAGCUAGAUCCAAAUUGGGGACCGAGCUUUCUGUUUAGGUUGGAAAGCUUUGGGUAUCCCGUGGUGCCACCAGACGGGGCAGCCUGGAUGGAUGGAAGAAGGGCUCCACCUUUCUCCUCAUUUCCAAAGAAACACGGUUUUGUAGAGUGAGAACCCUUGAUGUCAAACCUUCUGUCAAGAGCAGGGAGGACAGAGAGCCACCUCAGUGUAGCCGUCUGCCAUCUGGCUACCUCCUUAACCUUGCGUCUCCCUGUCACGGAGAGGUGUCUCAGACAGCAGCAGUCUUGCCUUAAUUUACACCGAGUCUCCCACUCAGGAUGGUUUGACCUACAGUGCAGAUGAGAAGACCAUGUGAGUUUGUGGUGGAUCACAAGCCCUUCUGGAUUAAAGGAACCCAAGUAACUUGGUGGUACAUAGCAGGGUGUGCAUUCUGACUGUCCUAGUUGGGUGACUUGUUUACUUGGUAACAGUGUGGGAGUUUGGCAGUUCACCUUUGACCUGCUGGAAUUAUCCUGAUCUGUCAUUGCAUCACCCCCAGGGGGCGCUCUUGGAUGGUAGCUGGCUUAGGCCUCCCACGCAGCUGUUUGGCUCCAUUCUUAGUCUAUGAAAGGGUCUUACCCAGAAAAGGCUGGAGAGAACCCUUAAUCUUGCAUACUUAUAAGGCGGCACUCCAGUAGCUCAUACUACCUCACCCUGCUCAGGUGAGCUCUAAGAGUCCCUAACUUUGGGCCCAGCCACCGACACUGCCCCCUGGUGGGACUCAGCAGCGCUCUGGGCUGUUUCAUAAGCAAGUGGUUUUAAUUAACUCACAAAGCCUUUCUAGACAUUAAUAUUUAUUUUAUUAUUAUUUUUUGUUUUGUUUGGUAUACAUACUACCCAGCAUCUCUUUUCAAUAAGUGACUUUAGGAAAAUUAGUUUCUCUCAAGCAAGGAGCCACAUUCCAACAAAGGGUUACGUCUGAGGAGAGGAAGACAGGGGUGUAAGCAGGAGAGAGUAUGCCAGGCCUUUUAAGCAGCAGUUUCUCCCAGUGUAGUCUCUAGCAGAACAAACCCAGGUCAGUCACAGGAAGAAGGUUUUUGCACAGUUUUAUCCUUCUGACACAAGGAGCCUCCUAUACAUAUAUAUGUGUGUGUGUGUGUGUAUACAUACAUAUAUGUAUGUAUACAUACAUACAUAUAUAUAUAUAUAUAUAUAUAUAGACAUAGAGGCAGACCAAAGCAGUACACAGUUGAGCCGGUCAGCGGCCUCUUUCCCCGGCUGUGAGUCGGUGUGCAGGGCCUUCCCAAGGGCCCGAAUGGUGUAGCUCGAGUAGUUGAGGAUACCCCUCACCAUCUAAACGAGGCAUUUUCAGGGAAGUCAGUCGUUGCUGUAGCUCUUAGUGUCUGACUCGGAGUCUACACUGGGGAUGUGUAGCACACUACAGUUCCAGGUCUGCUGAGUUUUCUAUCCCCGCCCUCCCUCUGCUGCUGCCGAGGAGUGAGCAUUGACUGGUUGACUUGAGACAGGUCGCUGAGAGUGGAGAAACCCCCUUGUCCUUAGCGUAAGGCAUCUCCGAUGCUGGGUAGUCUGUGUACUUAACCUGAAACUGUGAAGUUUUCCCUUUUUGCCAUAAACCAAAAGGCAGAUCUUUGAGGUUUUGCCCUUGAAACAUUAAAACACAAACUGUAUUUUCUGAUCCCUUCAGGUUAAUUGAUCAGGGAGGUCCAGUUGGUCCCAGUCAGACAUGUAGCAAUUGGGACCAGUAGCUCACAAGGCUUGUUGCCCAAACCAUAUCUCUUCGGGUAGCCCCAUGUUUCCUCUCUGUGAAGUUGUAUUUGCUUCCCUGCAGUUAGUUCCUCCUGAGGGCACUCCGGGACACCUGGUGGGAGGAGUUAACUUUAUUUUGCAUUUUUAACUUUACACCCAUUUGAGUUCAUCCCCACCCCCACCCUUGGAUUCCCGUUUGGCACUAUCCCCUGUUGUAUUGCUGUAGAGCUCUCCUUGACCUUCAUCUUUGCCUGCCCCCCCCCCACUCCCACCCCCACCCCCGCCACUACCGCUCCCUAUUUUUGUUUUUGUUUUUGUUUUUUUUUGGUCUACACUUAGAGCCAGCUGUACAGUGUUCAGAACUUUUGUUCAGCAAUUCUUAGGAUUGUCCAGUUGGCUAUUUGCAGAACAUUAAGCCAGACUCGGGGACAUCCCUAGCUUGUUUCCUAAGGGGAAACUGUAAUGUUGAUGUGGCACACUGGCAUUAACAGCCUGUGCUGCUUGUGGCCAGAGGAUAAGAUGUGUCCACAUGUGCUGGUGUCCCUGACAGCUCCGUGACGCCACGGACGUCAGAUAGCCCUACUCAAUGAACCCCAGGAUUUGGUUCUAAAUUUUAAGGUUCUGUGGAGCUCCCACAGUUUAUGCUAGUCGGGGAAUAAAGAGGUAUUGGUGGGGUCAGGUGACCCUAAGAACAAGGCAUGGGUGAGAAUUUCUCUUACUUUAUUGUGACCUAUCCCCAGCCCCGUGUGUACCGGGCAAACCUGUAAACCCCAGAGCUUUUCGCCCAGGCAGGGCUUUGCUACUGAUUAUCUUCCUUUUCUGGCUUCCUGCUGUGCUCUCUCCACCAGACCCGAGACUACUCAACUCUGAAAGUGAACUUAAAUCCCUUUACAGAUGGACAGUGAAUUUGUUGGCAUGGGAACGAGCCCUAUGGAGUGGUCUCUGUCUGUCUGUCUGGGAGUGCGUUCACGUCCCAGUCCCAUUGGGUGAGUCAGAAAUCGGGUGCACAGCAUCCAUCUCGGUGUGAUGACGCGUCACAGUCAAUGUCAAGAGGAAGAUGGCACCUGUGGCAGCGAUCCUGAUAUUUUCCUUCUGCCGGUCCCCACCCACCCUGCCCGGAGUAGCUCAAGUCUCUUCUGAAGCAGAGAAACGUUGCUGUCUAACUCCUUCCAUUAAAUUAAGAAGUACUGACCUCCUAAUAUUUAAGUGUUUACUAUCUGCUGUAAAGUUUUGUAUAUUUUGUAAACCUUUUUCCCCAAAACAGUAGACAUCUAAAAUCGUACAUCUGAUUCUUUUAUAUUUCAUUGUUCAGCACAAAGUGUGGUUUUUAUUUAGAAUAAAAAAAGAAACAGACAGAGAAAAAAAAAAAA